ACACCCGAACCCGCAUGCCGCUUUAUAUACCGCUCCCAGCGCUGAACCCUAGUUCCUCUUCGCCGUCCGCACCCGCCUCGCCAUCUCGCUCGCCGCUCCCGCUUCGCACCGCCGCUCGCCACCCCAACCGCCGCGAGGAUGCCGUUCAAGAGGUUCGUGGAGAUCGGGCGUGUGGCCCUGGUGAACUACGGCAAGGACUAUGGCCGCCUCGUCGUCAUCGUCGACGUCGUCGACCAGAACAGGGCACUUGUGGAUGCCCCUGAUAUGGUCAGGUGCCAGAUCAACUUCAAGCGUCUUUCACUUACCGACAUCAAGAUUGACAUCAAGCGUGUCCCUAAGAAGACAACUUUGAUCAAGGCAAUGGAGGAAGCUGAUGUCAAGGGCAAGUGGGAGAACAGCUCGUGGGGCAAGAAGCUGAUCGUCCAGAAGAGGAGAGCGGCGCUCAAUGACUUCGACAGGUUCAAGGUCAUGUUGGCAAGGAUCAAGAGGGGUGGUGCUAUCAGGCAAGAACUGGCCAAGCUCAAGAAGGCGGCCACGGCUUAGAAUCCCUUUUUGGUGGAUGGCAUGUUGAGUUUGUGGUUCCAUGUUGGAUCAGAAAAUCGUUUCGGUGUUCUUAAAAGCCAGAUUAGUACUAUUGUUUCUUGUGAACCUAUUUCAAAUUUUUAUCAAGAAUGGCUGUGCCCUAGAGAUUGUCA